CCUCAGCACGGCUGCCAAAGCUGACCCGGUGCCGGGUGGGCCAUGGGGCCGGACGGGCCCCUCCAGCCUCCUGCCAGCUCAGGACUGAGGCCAUGUCCAGCCCCCGGGCACCCUGGCCCCUCUGCCGGAACAUUCUCCUGGGGCUUUCCCUGCCUUCCUGGGCGUGUGGCGGGGCAACAGUGCACACCUGGGACAGCAGCUCCCGUCCCUGGGGUGGGACCGUCCCAGCUAGCGGCCUCAGGAGCAGAGCUGGACCAGACAGUGGCCCGCGAGUCCUCCCCGUCGGGCGCAUCCCGACCCUCUCACGGGGCGGCCCCAGCACGUCACUGGGGCCUCCUGGUGCCGGCGCACUCCAGCCCUCCUCUCCCAGCCCUCAGGGCUCCUGCUGCUCCAGCUCUGGCCUGGGCACGUGGGACUGUGGCCGCCGGUCCCUCCCUGCUGUGCCCUCAGCCACCUUUUCUUCUUUCUUUUUUUUUUUUUGAGACGGAGCCUCCUGUCACUCUGUCACCCAGGCUGGGCUUGAACUCCUGGGCCCAAGCGAUCCUCCCUCUGUGGCCUUCCAAAGUGCCAGAGCUGCGGGUGUGCGCCACUGCGCCCAGGGCCAGCCGUCCUGACCGCCAGACGGGACUCCUUGUGCGGGGCUGGCUGAGCUGCAUUAUCAUCAAAGAACAUCAUCUGUAUGAUCUCAUGCACUUGAAAUUUCUGAGACUUGCCUUUCGGCCCAGCUCCUGUUACGUCCUCCUGCGGCUGUCUGGUGUGGUGUUCUGUGCCAGCCAGCUGGGUCGGGUCUGCUCUGCCGGGCAGACAGCUGUGACACCAUCGCCUGUGAGUGCGGACACGCCUGCCUCACCUGUCGUUGUUGGCCUGUGCUUUAUGCAUGUGCCCCGCCGCAGUCUACGUCUGCAUCCGUAUCUGCCCUACGACACGCGUCUGCGUUACCGUGUGCACACGACUGCGAGGCUUUCCUGUCUUCCUGGUGAACUGAACCUUUGUCGAUAUGACUGAUCUCCUUUCUCCUCGGAUCCUUUUGCCGAAAGCCCGGUGUUACAGGCGCACAGGCUUGCUUUCAGCUCACGCUUGCGUGAUGCCUUUUCCAAUUUUCUUAUUUUCAACAUUUCCGUGUUCUCAUUUUAAAUGUGAAGUAUAGAAACAGAAUGUGUUUGUCUUACGGUGGACUCUUCUAAUCCAUUUGUGAGCACCGAUGUGUUGGGGUUUAAAUCUGCGAGCUGGCACGGACAUGAGCCCCCAGCCGCUGCCCGCUCGUGGCCAUCCCUGGGCCGUCAUCGCUGACAUCUGCGUGUCCCUAACGGAGCCUGUCUCCUUGAGUGCUGAUGUGACGUCCGUAUAUCCUCUUUGGUGACACGUCUACUCAAGUCUUUUGCCCUCAUUUAUUUAUUUAUUUCGCAAAUUAUGUCCCUCCCUGGACAGCGGCAGGCCUGCAGGAAGCACGCAAGGUGGGAUUUGAUACUGAAUGAAGUUGGCCAUUUUAAACUGGGGUAGGCCGG